GUUCAGUCUGACAGGUGUGCGCCUGGGGAGCUGCGCCGCACCACCUUCAGUCUCUGCCUUGGGGUUGGUUCGGUUUGACUCCGAGGGCUGACUCGCUCCUCCUGCGUGUCCCCAGUUUAGAUCCUAAGGAACGAAGUUCACAAGGGCGCCUGGCCAGCUACAUUUCUGACGGAGGAACUGCUGCGUUGGAGAUGAAGAAGGAAGUGUGGCUGAUGCUUAUGGUGGCGUUUGUUACCAAUGUACCACAGUUGCCUGCCAACCCACUCAAAUGCGACCAGGAUGAGUACCUGGACGAUCAGGGGAGAUGCAGCCCUUGUCUGAAAUGUGGUCCUGGAACGGAGCCUUCCAAGGAGUGUGGUUAUGGUGAAGGGGGAAGUGCCCAUUGUGUUCCAUGCCCGCCCAGGAGGUUCAAGAACAACUUGAGCCACCUUGGCUGCAAGCCCUGCGUCUCAUGCAGUCUCCUCAACCGGUUCCAGAGACACAACUGCUCCUCCAUCUUGAAUGCAGCCUGUGGAGAGUGUUUCCCCGGUUUCUACAGGAAAACUCAAAUUGGAGGGCUCAGGGCUCAGGAAUGCAUUCCUUGCACAAGGCGGACCCCCUCCUCUGAGCUCGAUUGCGACUCCGGAGAGAGCGUAGUGCCGGUGAAGUAUCCCAUACCUGCUACUCAGGACCUGCUCUUUAUUGUGCUGACCCUCACCACAUUUAUCAUCACUGGGUUGGCACUGGUGACUGUCACCAUCCUCUACUGCAGACGGAUCUGGAAGAACCACUGCCAGCAUGCGUUCCAGAGUAGUCAGGAUUUAUCUGACGAGGAGGGGACAUUUCAAGAUUCUGCCAUGUCUGCUCGCUUCCCUUGCCGCACAUUCCUGUCCAACACCUGCUCUGUAGCCAUCAAGCGUUUGAGUCCUUGGCAAAGGCCACAGGAAGGUCUGGCUGAAGCUGUCCACUUUGUCUCAAGAUCUCCUGGGGUUCACUGGCCCUUCCAGGAGCCUGACCGGGACUUUGCUCAGGUGAUUCCUGCCAACAACCAAGCUCCUCUGGGCAGGAGCGUUGCGGAGCACCAACACUUUUUCAGGGACUCUGGCUACAGCGACUAUUCCUUGACAGACCUUAGACAGGACGGUGGUGCAGCCCCCAGUGCCCCCCCAGUGGCCCCUGUCUCCUCAUGUGCCACGGAGAGGCUACACCACUGGCCUCAUGCCCCCGUGGAGUGUACAGAGCUGGACCUGCAGAACCUCUCCACCCAGGCUGACAUCCUGGCCACCAUAAGAGAAGAGAAUCACCAUGGGGAAGGGGCUGCUCAGGCAGGGAGCGGAAGUGGGCUGGAGCUGAACCCUACAACUCCUGAAUGUCCUGCCUGCCGAGAAGCAGAGGCUUGGCUCUCUCCUCAAUCUUUUUCAUCCUUCCAAAACCUUACAGUUGAAAGCAGGGAGCAGCCGGAGAGUGAUGUUUGGAACCUCGCAGUCAAGACUGACGAUGCCACACAAGGUGAAGAAGUGUGCACCAUUUGCCAGCAGUAGUCCAGUUGUGCUCCAAUGUGACAUCAGAGUCAGUGUGUCAUACUAGGAGCUAGGAAAGACCAGGGCUGAAUUCUCCACUUGGACAUGAGGCUCAUGUCAUGAGACAAAGGUUCUUGAGAGCAGAAUAAGUAACGCAAGGCCUACAAGGCCUACACAAUCAUUCAAGCCUGAAAACUGAUAAUUGUUAAAAUCUAACUGCUGAAUCAUUGUGAUUAAUCUACAGGAUCACUCAUUCUCUCUAUAAAUUUGUAGCCUGUUUGCAGGCAGGCCCAGUGUAGUAUCUGUGCUGUUGUUGAAAUGUGUUGCUGUGAAUGUAAUUCUAAGGCAGGCAGAGUGGCCCCAGGCCUCUAGUUAAUCAGUAGCUAAGACUAUGCCUCUGUGAAGAGUCAGAUAGCUACUUUGAGCUCUCUGUGUAUGCUCUUUAACCAUGCUGUUUAUGAACAAGUUAAUUUUCUUCAGUAAAGUUUAAUUCUGUUUAUGAA